CCUGGCGUCACAAAUUGAGCCACGUACUGUACGGCCCGUGGCGGCAUUUCAGAGUGGAGGAGGAGGAGAGAGGGAGGAGGAGGAGAGAGAGCGGCCAAACUUUUAGCUCCCUAGGAGGAGGAGAGAGGAGGAGAGGGGGAGAGGCGCGACUUUUAGCUCCCAAGGAGGCCGCCACGGAGCGAAAACAGCCGCCUCACAUUGCCUGAGGAAAUGAAGUCGGAGCUUUCAAGGUGCUUCGCCGAGUGAGACGUCACAAGGUCGCCCAACGAUGCAACGCCACCGCCUCCAAGUGCGACAUCUCCUCCCCAAGAUGCACUGCUACCUACCCAGGAUGCACAUCUCCGUGGUCGUGCUGUGGUUGGCCGGCUGGGCAGAGGCACAAGUCAACCCGAGCUUAUGCAGGUACGCGCUGGGCAUGCAGGAAGGGCGAAUCCCCGAUGAAGACAUCACAGCCAGCAGCCAGUGGUACGAGACCACUGCUGCUCACUACGCCAGGCUCGACUCGGAGGAGGGCGACGGGGCCUGGUGCCCUCUGGGCUCCAUCAGCCCCCAGAGCAUGGAGUUCCUGCAGGUCGACCUGCGCGAGCUGCACUUCAUCACGCUCGUCGGCACGCAAGGCCGGCACGCGGAAGGCACGGGGAAUGAGUACGCAACCGCUUACCGGCUCGAGUACUCGCGGGACGGCUCUCGCUGGGUCAUGUGGCACGACCGGCGCGGCGAGGAGGUCAUCGAGGGAAACGUGAACACCUAUGAGCUGGUGCUCAAGGACCUGAGCCCGCCAAUCAUCGCGCGCAUCAUCCGCUUCGUGCCCGUGGCCGACCGCCUCAUGAGCGUGUGCAUGCGCGUCGAGCUGUACGGCUGCCAGUGGCUGGAUGGCCUCGUCGCGUAUCGAGCACCGGUGGGACACUCCAUGUUGCCCAACGACCUUCGUGUCAUCGCGCUCAAUGACUCGACGUACGACGGGAGCUCGGAUAACAUAGCGGUGUACGACGGCCUGGGGCAGCUGACGGACGGUGUGUGGGGUCUGGACGAUUUCUCCAUGUCCCACGAGUACCAGGUGUGGCCAGGCUACGACUACGUGGGCUGGAGCAAUGACUCGCUCGCAGAGGACUACGUGGAGAUGGACUUCUUGUUCGACAGCGUGCGCAACUUCACCGCCAUGAAGAUCCACUGCAACAACAUGUUUUCCCACGGCGUCAAGAUCUUCUCUCGCGUCUCCUGCACGUUCGCCCGGCGCCCCGGCGCACUCUGGGAGCCCGGCCAUGUGAGCGUCACCACGGUGACGGACCACGUCAACCCGAGCGCCCGCUUCGUCACCGUGCCGCUGGGCCACCGGCCCGCCCGCCACAUCCGCUGCCAGUUCUACUUUGCCGACACGUGGCUCCUCAUCAGCGAGAUCUCCUUUCAGUCUGGCACGGCGGUUUACAACACGACGGUGCCGGCCAUCACCACGCCCCGCCGGUGGGAAACGACGAACGUGUCGACGCCCCCCUACACCCAGCUCACUCCCAGCACGGGCCUGGUGGAGACGGCGGGGGCUGGUAGUCACACCGUGCUCAUCAGCUGCCUCGUCGUGAUUAUCCUCCUCCUCGUCGCCAUCAUCGCACUCAUCCUGUGGAGGCAGUGCUGGGGGCGGCGCACACGCAAGGGCCCGCGGAGGAUCGUGGAGGAAGACCUCCUCGUGCGCCUAUCCCUCCCGUCGGACACGGUCAUCAUCAACAGCGGGGUGGCCGUAUCGGGGCAAGAGGCCGCAGGGUCACGGGGUCAGGAGGUCACGGGGACUCUCCACGCCAACCCCAUGUACGAGCGGAUCUACCCAGCAGAUCCCGACUACCAGGAGCCGCUCCGCCUCAUGGCCACGGCGGGGGUCAGCAAGGUCAAACUCCCGGAGCUGACGCAGAGCGCGGAGGACGCCGUGUGCAGCGGCGAUUACGCGGAGCCCGACCUCACGAAGGCGACGCCGCACCAGUGCUUCAACGACGGCGUGUCGCACUACGCCGAGGCCGACGUGGUCAGCCUGCAGGGCGUCACGGGCAGCAACACGUACGCCGUGCCGGGCCUCACGAGCGACGUGCUGGGCCAGCGCGACGUCAGCGCCGGCGAGUUCCCGCGCGGCCUCCUCUCCUUCCGCGAGAAGCUCGGCGAGGGACAGUUCGGAGAGGUUCACCUCUGCGAGGCUGUGGGGCUACAGGAGUUUGUGGGGGAGGACUUCACCUUCGACGUCCCCAAGGGCGCGCCCGUGCUCGUGGCCGUCAAGAUGCUGCGUGCGGACGCCACUAAGAAUGCGAGGAACGACUUUCUCAAGGAGAUCAAGAUCAUGUCUCGGCUGAAGGACCCCAACAUCGUGCGGCUGCUGGGCGUGUGCAUGCGGGACGACCCCUUGUCCAUGAUCACCGAGUACAUGGUCAACGGUGACCUCAACCAGUUCCUCUCGCGGCUUCCCUCGGUCAUCGGGCUCGACAAGUUGGUGUACAUGGCCAGCCAGAUCGUGUCGGGCAUGGCCUACCUGUCGUCCCUCAAUUUUGUGCACCGGGACCUGGCCACUCGCAACUGCCUGGUAGGGGAGCACCACACGAUCAAGAUCGCCGACUUCGGCAUGAGCCGAAACCUGUACAGUGGGGACUACUACCGCAUCCAGGGCCGUGCCGUGCUGCCCAUCCGCUGGAUGGCCUGGGAGAGCAUCCUGCUGGGGAAGUUCACGCCUGCGUCCGACGUGUGGGCGUUCGGCGUGACGCUGUGGGAGAUGCUCACACUGUGCAGGGAGCAGCCAUACGGGGCGCUCACCGACGAGCAGGUCAUCGAGAACACGGGCGAGUUCUUCAGGGACCAGGGCCGACAGACGGUGCUGCCCAGACCGGCCCUGUGCCCUGAGCCGCUGUACGAGCUGAUGUGCGCGUGCUGGAGACGGGACUCGCGCGCCCGGCCCUCCUUCCCGCAGCUGCACAACGUGCUACGCGCCCUCCAGCCGUAGGCACGCGCAAGCGCGCAUGGUCACUCGCGCAGUCACAAUCAACACAAAGACGGAACAAAGACGAAAGAUUUCCCCCGUACAGCCUGGACAGACUGUCGGGGCGAGUGCUGUUGGCGAGCACCUAUGAAGGACGGCACGGCGCACAAAGGGGGUGGGUGGCCAACACCGCGCCCGGCCGCCUUUGUCUCCCCAGUGCUCAUUUGAGGCCGAGUCGACCUAGGGGAGGCCCAGGACCAGUUCAAAUAAUCGUCACUGGUGUUGGUCAUGAACGGGAAUCGAACUCGGAACGGGGGGGUUCAUAGUGCAGUGCGCUAACCGCUGCACUACCGCUCCCCACUCACACAGUCACACUCACACACACUGUCACACUACAACGAAAGCAAAAAUUGCCGUUCACCACUGAGUGGCGGUGACGUUACCAUGGUGCUUGUGCACAUUGAGGCCACGUGAAGUGUCAAAGGUUCGUUGGCAGGAGGUCAUGGGACAGAUACAGGUGCCUUGGGUUGAUUGAAAUGACUGGCAGAUGCAUCAGCUGUGCUCUCCACUGUGCCAAACUUGCUGCGUUUUAGCCGCCCGGCGCUCCACUCGUUGUGAGCGUCGCUCUUCCAGCCUCCGUUGUCGUUGGAGGGUGACUGCCUAUAACUCCCCAGCAGCUUCCAUCAUGUGCCUCCUCCACAGAGGGCAAUCUUGACACUGCUGGUACCAGUCAUCGGCAAGUCCAAUCAGCUCCACAUCUUUCUGUACCACAUCAGUCCAUCUCUUCUCUAUCUUCUCUAGCCUGUGCCGUGCCCAUUUAGUCCCAUCUAUUUGACCAAAUAUAAUCUGCUUGUGCAUAAGGUGGCUGGGCAUUCGGGCUACAUGACCCAGCCAACGCAGCCUCGCUUGUUGGAGUAGCUUACCGAUGGGAUCUGUUUGCUCACACAAUCCAGUCUGGUUAAACCCAGGAUGGAUCAUAGGCAGGCCAGCCUGAAUGUGUCAAACCAGCGCAGAUGUUCCUUUGGAGGGUUCCACGUUGCACACGCAUGGAGAAGGGAGAGCAUAACUGUAGCCUGAGAAGACCAGAAGCUUCGUGUGGAGCGACAGACCAGGGGGCUUCUGCACAGCAUUACGCAGCUGAUGAAAGAUAAUGCCGCUAGACUGAUUUUAAACGAGACCUCUGGUUCCAAACCAGUGCUGGUUAUAAGCACACUGACCAGGUAUAGAAACUUUUCCACUCUCUCCACAACUGCCCCAGCUCUUAGUGACUCGCUCUAGGUUCAGCAGAGUCUACAACUUCUCAGAGUGAGCAGCAAUCACCAGUUCAUACAUAACAUGGUUGACCAAAUGGGAGCCAUCUCUUGACCACACCCAGACAUUGAUGAGCAUACUAUUGUAUAUUACCAGAUGGAACUUCCUCUGGUAUAACGAUGGAAAGCUUCUCAAACUACGUGGUUGCAAAAAUAUGUUAAAUAAUGUAACAGCCAGAGGACAUUCCCUGUCACACCCUAAAGUGGACCUGACUGCUGGUCACACAGCUUUACCCAGGCCUGCCCACCAUCAUGAAGGUCCUCAAAAUAAGUUAUACAUACAUACAUGAAGGAUAACCCAGAACCAUAGCAUAUAGAUGGUAUCAUAGGCCUUGGUCAGGUCAAAAAAGCAGAGAUGUAGGUCCCAGUAAAAUCCUGUACAUAUCUGCUGUAUCAGUCAGACAGAGAAGAAUGAAUAUGUGCAGGACCGCCUGAACCUAAAACACAUUGAGGCUCCGCAAGCAUCUCCUCAGCGUGCCUGGCAAGACGAUAUUGAAUAAUCUUUACCAGGACCCUUCCCAGCACACAGAGGAGACAGAUCCCUUGGUAGUUGUUGCAAUCAAUACGGUCCCCCUUCUUAAAGAAGGGGACCACCAGGGCAUCCUUCAAAUCUUGCGGAACCUUUGCUGGAGUCCAGACAGUUUUGACUAUGUAAUUUAGGCCAGUCUGCAGAUCAAUGCCACCCUCCCUCAACAAUACGCUUGGGAGAUCAUCUCUGCCUGGCACUUUUCCUGGUCUCAGACUCUGGAUUACUCUUCAUAUUUCUCAACAAAUGGUACCUCAGCCAGCCACUCACAGUGUGUGGCUACAUCUUCCAGUAUUUGAGGCACUGCAGCCCCAGCAGGGUCAUCCCCACCUUUCUCCGUGCUGUUUUCUGGGCUAAAUAGUCCAGCAGGUGGUAUUGCUUGGACCUGGCGUGCAUCUGCGAUGUGUAGAUGUGCCAAUGCUGGAAAGCCUGUUGGUGAUUACAAGUCCAUGGGCUGCUCAGAUGUCUAGCAGCCUCCUUCCGUUAUUAUUAAGCUGAUGUGGCCCAUGCCGUCCAAUCAGUCCAGCCCAGGUGUUGGUGUCAUGACCCACUUGGACAUUAAUGUCACCCAACAGGGUAACUCUAAUCUGAGGGGCCACUUUAGCUAGCACCUGUGACAGGAGGUGAUAGAAGGCAUCUUGACUCAUCAGCCUUACCUGCAUCCCCCCAGCUGUUCGUUUUCGAUGGGAGUAUAAGCCAUCACCACUAUUUCUCGCCUCCUAUUGAUGGGGAGGUGAGUCCACAACACUAUGGGACUUGCAGCUCCCAGACCUCACUGCCCUGCUCCCAGACUCCAUUAUUUUGCUCAUAAGCAGAGCCACUGCAUUUUAUGUGGUUAUUUCCUGCCGUGAGUGCAGGACUGUCCACCCCUCGUGAUGAACCAGAACUAGUCCACCAGCCCUCCUGUAUUCCAGAGGUCCAGGCGAUACCGGUCCCAGCUCCUGACAGAGAAACGGCAGCCUCUCCCCGACAGCAGGCAUUCGUACAUUCCAUGUGGCUACUCGCAGUGGUGUUAUGCUGUUUCUGGAGGAACCCCGACGGUGGGGGUUCGGUGUCCUGGCUCCACCAUGAACACCAGUUCUCCUCUGGGCCUUCCGGCAAAAGCUUAUUAUGAUCUUUUAUUCGUGGUUUUUGGUUGAGUGAGUUUUAAGGUUAAGGGGUUACCAGCCCCUCGCAGCCGCCGAAGGGAUGGGGGGUUGUUUUUGCCAGUCAGCUGUUGAACGUGUGUGCAUUUCUUUCCAACACACCAGUUGUGCUGAAGCAGUAAUAUAUUGGCACGCAUGUCCACGUGACAACCUCAUUAAUUGGCUGUGUUGGGCGGAGGAGGGUUUACGACAGACAUUUUAUUUUCGUGAUCUGACCCAAACAAAAAAAACAAUUAUGAAUCAUACGUGAAAGGUGUUUACAUCACGCGAUCAGAAGUCAGCAGAGCAUGCUGAUGAUCUCACCA